GGCGUGACAGCAGCCUCUCUCAUUUUUUCGCAGGUGUUCAUGUGGCGCAUUGCUCUCCUCUCUUCUCCCGGGGACGGCGGGUCUUCAUCACCUCCAUCGUCUUCUUCUUCUUCUUCUUCUUCUGCAGCCUCCUCGUUUGAUGGUGCACGGAUGCGAAGUCAAUGCGUGCACGGCCACGCGUAAGAGCGAGAAGAAGACGAGUGAAGGAGAAGGAGAAGAAAAAAAAAAAAAAGAAAAAAAAAAAACACACAACCCACGGUGUCACCCAAAAAACCUUGGGCGGGAUUCCAUCGUCGUACGUUGCGCACCCGGCGACGGGAAGUUAGAGGAGCUUCAUAGACUUGUUUUUUUUUUCCCCCGUACCAUCUUUUUUCCUGUCUCUGCGUCUCUUCCCUGCACUGCGAUCCUUGCACACGCGUGGGAUUUAUUGGAAAUACCAAACCGAACCUCAUGCGCAUUGGUCCUUGAACGCAUCACCGGGCGCAACGCUCCUUUUUUAGAGGGGGAUUGUUUUAAUCCUCAUCCAAAAAAAACAACAUAAUUGACACAGCAGGUGACACUUUUGGAUCUUUCAGAUUUGCUUCAAUAAACUGCCUUUUAUUUUUAUUUAUUUUAAUUUUUUUUGGAACCACCAUCAUCUUGGAGGGAAUUUUGGAAUAAAUGAACCCUGAGCAUCAACUCUUCAUUAGAGUUACUUUCGUGACUUCAUUAAAACCAACACCGACGGCAUGUUGUUACAUUUGCCUAAUUUCCAGGCAGCGGGAGGCUUUUAAUGUGAAGAAACAUGAGAACAACACUGGCUACCUUCAAGUGAAGCCCCAGGAGAAGUAUCCCGAGCGGCUCGCUUGUGCGGUGGUGCUUUUUUGGUGACACGCUACCCAUACCACCCCGAGUGGGGAGUCGGCAUCCAGCUGCACGAGACACUGAAGCGAGACCCGCAAUGGAGACACCAGCUUGAUAUUUCUGGACUGGGAACUCGAUCGAGAAUGGAGCGGCUGAUUCUGUGUGUGCUGCUGUGUGCCGCCCUGGCGGAGGGCUACAGCUGUCCCGGCCGCUGCAUCUGCCAACACCUGUCGCCGACGCUGACGCUGCUCUGCGCCAAGACGGGACUCCUGUUCGUCCCGCACACCAUCGACCGCAAGACGGUGGAGUUGCGCCUCACGGACAACUUCAUCACCGUCAUCCGCCGGAAGGACUUCUUCAACAUGACGAGCUUGGUCCACCUCACUUUGUCCCGCAACACCAUCAGCCAGAUCACGCCCCAAGCCUUCUUGGGCCUGCGCUCGCUCCGGGCGCUGCACAUGGACGGCAACCGCCUCAGCGUGAUCAAGACCGACCAUUUCAAAGGCCUGAACAACCUGCGGCACCUCAUCCUCGGGAACAACCAGAUCCACCAGGUGGCUCCGACUUCUUUUGACGAGUUUGUGUCCACCAUCGAGGACCUGGAUCUGUCCAACAAUAACCUGCGCGGCCUGCCCUGGGAAGCCAUCGCCCGGAUGACCAACAUCAACACUCUCACCCUGGACCACAACCUGAUUGACCACAUAGGCACCGGCACCUUUACCCUACUCACCAAGCUGGUCCGCCUGGACAUGACGUCCAAUCGUCUGCAGAAGCUUCCGCCCGACAGCUUGUUCCAGCACGCUCAGGUUCUAUCUGACGGCAAGGGCUUCAGCUCCUCUACCCUUGCCGUCAGCUUCGGGGGGAACCCGCUUCACUGUAACUGCGAACUGCUUUGGCUCCGCAGGCUCACCAGAGAGGACGACCUGGAGACUUGCGCCUCUCCGGAUCAUCUCAUGGAUAAGUACUUCUGGUCCAUACAAGAGGAGGAGUUCAUCUGUGAGCCUCCGUUGAUCACCAAACACCUCUCCACUAAACCCUACGUGAUGGAAGGACAGGGGGUUACGCUUAAAUGCAAAGCGGUGGGCGAUCCCGACCCGGAGAUACACUGGCGCUCGCCCGACGGCAAGCUGGUGCACAACAACUCCCGCACCAUCCUGUAUGAAAAUGGCACCCUGGAUAUCCUCAUCACCACCUUGAAGGACAGCGGGGCGUUCAACUGCGUGGCGUCGAACGCCGCAGGCAUCGCCACGGCCGCCGUGGAGAUCAACAUGAUCCCCUUGCCCUUAUUUGUAAACAACACGGGCCACAUGCGUGAAGACCCGGGCCUCUCUGACAUCACCACAUCCUCCAAGUCGGGCAAUGACACCAAGGGCUACGACAAGCAGGACAGAAGAGUCAUGGUCAGCCAGCUCACCUCCUCCUCGGCCAUGAUCCGCUGGCCGUCCGAACGCCACAUCCCCGGCAUCAGGAUGUACCAGAUCCAGUACAACAGCACCGCCGAUGACACGCUGGUGUACAGAAUGAUCCCGUCCACCAGCAAGAACUUUGUGAUCAACGACCUGGCGGCGGGGCGUGAGUAUGACCUGUGCGUGCUCGCCGUCUACGACGACGGCAUCACGUCGCUGACCGCCACGCGCGUGGUGGGCUGCAUCCAGUUCCACACGGCCAGCGAGGUCAGCCAGUGCCGCUUCAUGCACAGCCAGUUCCUGGGCGGCACCAUGAUCAUCAUCAUCGGCGGCAUUAUCGUGGCGUCGGUGCUGGUGUUCAUCGUCAUCCUGAUGAUCCGCUACAAAGCCUACAGCGGCCCGGAGGACGGCGGCAAAGCCAAGGCGGGCUCCGACGCGCCGUCGCAGGCGGUGAAUGGCAGUCGCCAGCGACUCCACCGCUCCGCUUCCAAGCAGCCUUCGGACGAGGGCCAGCACGAGGCCGAGGCCCCUAAGGAGUGCAUGGCGCUGGUGCUGAGGGUGGACAAUGAGAAGAAGGACGACGCCACGGCGGCCUCUGCCGUCCUGGAGGCGGAGCUGCCGUCGCCGGCGGCAAACAAGACGAAGCGAAGGACAAGCCUGGAAGCGCCGCGCUUCAUCCUGCCGUUCGAGGACUCGCAGACAGACAGCAGCCUAACGGGCUCCACCAUGUCGCUGUGCCUCAUCGGCCCCAACGCCGGCCCCUCCGAAGCCCCGCGCCUCAAAGACAAAAAGAGCGGGCUCGCCAACGCGGGGCUGCUCCCCAGCCAGCUGGCGCGAACUCGGCACAGGUUCUCCUUCGACGGGGGGGACUACUCCAUAUUUCAGAGUCACAGUUACCCCCGGCGGGCGCGGACGAGGUGGCACCGCUCCACCAGCCAGCUCGACGCCGAGUCAUCGCCCCUCGCCAACCGCGGGGUGACGUUCAGCAGCACCGAGUGGAUGCUGGAGAGCACGGUGUGAGGAGCGGGAAACGCGUUGUGAAAAAAAAAAAAAAAAAAUAGUCAAGCACAUGCAAAUACGAGCACAUUUUACAAAACUGUGAGCCUGCUCAAGAAACACAAAAAAAACACAAUUCCCCCGUCAUACCCCAGGAGAGGUCCGUCAGCCAUGUUCUUUCUUCUUUAACGCGGCAGUGCCUUAAUUCUCAGAAGAAAAAAAAACAACAAACGUACGAACGGAGGAUGCUGCUCACUGUCGUCACUGCCUCUCCGGCCAUUUCCUUUCUGUUUGUUUCUAACCGUCUGUGUGACGCGCCCAGGAAGCGUUUGUACGUGUUUUUUCUUUCCUAAAAAAAAAACCCAGAAAAAAAAAAACAAUCUUCAACGUGAACAGCCAGGUAUCUUGUUACAGUACGUUCAUCACGUUUUGGGUUCUCUUAAAAAAAAAACUUGUGCACAGAAGACACGAAGAUACGAGGACACGUAUCAGUCCGACACCAGUCUAUACAGUAAUAACUUCAGCAGUAUUUUACACCUGCGGAUUUCUAGCGACAAAGAGCGGAAAAGGAGCCCUUCUCGGACUGGACGACGUGAAAAAGCUAGUGGUCCAGAUGUGACUGUAUAUCAUCUGGCUGGUCUGGAUCAAAAGACCACGACAUGGAAAAAAAGACCCUAUAUAAGUAUAUUCAAACAUUGGUGUAUGUGUACUAACUAUGUAAAGUAAGCAAGUCAUAUGUCACAUGACUUUUUACCAAGCAUUUGGGUGUUGGCUGCAAGUUUUUACAUUAAAAACCUGUGUCAUCACACAGCUAUCUGUCCAGUCCUGGGCCUCACGUGUUGAUGUAGAACAGCUUUUUUUCACCGGCGCCGCAUCAAAAAGGUGCGGGACGCGAAGUUGAGUUGAUGAAUAUUUAAUCCGGGGGCGGAACUUUUUAUAUCCAAAGCUUGCCGAGUGGACCAGGGUGGUGAGCAGAGAGUGGAAGGACAGGGGACAUGAUAACUUGAUGUUAAGUGGAUGAGGCAGCAGUGACUAACAAGAUGUAGUUGCGGUUUUUCCCCCGCUAGAGGGAGACAAAGCUGAGGCAGUAAUUA